GACAAUGACCAAAUGUCGGAUGUGGAGAUGGCCGCCUCGGCCAUCUCUUCCCUAUCCGAUAUAAAACCAAAUCAUUCGCAACUGAAUAGGACGAAUUCGAAAAGCAACUCGAUGUCCAUCUCAUCACUAAUAGAUGCAGAAUCCGCUUCUCCCGAAUCCGGUCGUUCAAUACAAGCGGGUCCGUCGAUGGAAAGGUAUCAACACCCUGAACACCAUGAACCUUACCCGGACGAGAUGAGGGGUGACGAUAAUUCAGCGCAUCACCAGAUACAGGGUCAACCCGGCGUAGAGUAUCAUUAUCCAAAUGAUUACGGUAUUCGGAAACAUUUAAAGCGUCCAUCGAAUGGUACGUCACAGGUGCAGACCAAUUCAUCCAAGAUUCCGCAAAAAGAACCAAAGGUCAUCACAAAACGUAACCCAAAUAAACGUAGGCCGUCCAACGCGAACGAUUAUCAAAAAAUGCAUCACCACUCGGAUUCAAAUUAUUCGCAUGUUACCUCUGGUAGUUCAAAAUUGAAUGAUCUAAGGGAAUUAGGAGAAGAGAAGAAACCAAAUUAUUUGGCUCCAAUAUCACAAA